AUCAGCUCAUGCCACCCACUUCACCUUCUCCACCUCCGCAAUCUCGACGACGAGUGCGUGAGUAUCUCUUCGUCCACAGAGCUAGAAGAGGCAUUGGCGUGAACGCAGCUGCUCACCUGUCUAUCUGAGCAACACUGACCUGCCCGCUGGGCGCGUGUCGGCGAGGCAGCAACAUCUCCGGGACCGCCGGAUAGAGCACCUUCGGAUCGGCGGGAUUCCACAGCAACUGCUAUUCGAACCGCCAUACGAGCAUAAAUACUGCCUUUCGACUUUUCCCACCGCCGUGGAGCUUCUGGGUACUGAAUCAACGCGUGGAAGCCGGUUCGAGGCGACCAUCCCGACACCAUUGCCAUGGACUACUUCAGCUCCAACAGACGCCGCGGGAACUCAGUGAACUCGCGUGGCGGCUCAGUGAAUUCGGACGGCCGUGAGCCUCCGACUCCAUCAGCCCCGCCGCCGUCAUCUGGUGUCCGCCGCAGGCCUGUUCCAGGGGGCUCCCUGGAGGGCUUGCGGCAGCCCUCGAGCAUCCGAAUCCGAAGGCUUCCCUCUGGACUCGCCACGCCACGGCCAGCCUCGCAGCAAGCAACUGGCCAGGCGACAUCGGCCGUGGACUAUCAGACGAGUGGACGACGUCGCAGCACGUCGGAGCCCCAGCAUUUUGGCGCGCACCUGGCAGCCCCCGGCGCUGAGCAAGGGGCCCAGAGGACUACUGAUGGGACAACAAUGGAUACUCUGACCGAAGCAGAGGAGCCUGGCCAGCAGCGUCCUCCAGGGCCUCGCACCGAGCAAUCCCAAUAUUUUGAAGCAAUGGAGACCCCGCCCGCCGAAGACUACCCCCCGAGUACGGGCGCGCCAUCGUCACGUGUUUUGUCUGCAGCGCCCGCCAUGCAUAGUGCCGGCAAUGCCGCACGCGCUAACAGGGGCCUUCAGCGCACCCACACCACCACCACGCGCCACGAGUAUCCCCAGGAGGACGAGUACGAGUCGGAGGUGGUCGAUCUUCUCGACCUUGUCGAUCCAGAAGUUCGUACGCUGGGCACUUUGACUAACGUUCAGAACUCCCUCUUCGUGCCGGAUCUGGGCCGUUUGAUCAACAGAAGGCCAACGUACAACCUCAGCUCUCGACCUUCGAGCGCCGCAAAUGUGGAGAGAAUCGGCCGCGCCCGUGCGGCAACGAAUGCCGCAAAGGCCCCUGGCUUGGAGACCAUCCCCCAGGGACCGGCCCCUGCUGCGGCUGAGGGUAGCGGAACUGGAGAUAUCGAGCUUCAGCCACGCUCUCGGCGCUUCUCCAUCUCUUCCGAACUGAGUGACUCUCGUUACGCUGUACUUCCACACGGCAUCAGCCUGGAUGAUUGGAGUGAGGAAGACAAACAAGAGCUGGAUGAUCAUGUCCGCCAUCUAAUGCAUUCCAGAAAGGAAGGCUUCAAGAGGAGCUGGAAAGGCUUCAAGCAAUACAUCAGCAAACCUCUGGGGCUCUUCGUCUUCGUCUACGCUGUGCUCGUCACCCUUUUUGGUGCUACUUGGGUCUUCUUCCUGAUUGGAUGGAUCUCGGCCGGCCAAAGACAGGGUUACUUUACAAAUGUCGUCGACCUCCUGCUCGUGGCCAUGUUCGCACUCAUCGGCGACGGCUUGGCUCCGUUUCGAAUGGUUGACACGUACCACAUGUGCUUCAUCGCGCACUACCACCAUCUGACCUGGAAACUCCGCAAAAAGCGCAACCUCCCCGACCUCGUGGAUCACAACGACCUGCCCAUCAGGCGCCUAAGCGCGGCGCAGCUCGAGGAUGCCAUUGACAAAGAGGAGACCGCGGAGUUCUCGGUGCUGACGCCCCUGCAACAACGCCGCCUGCAAUACCACCAAGCCAAGUUCAGCAAGUCGCACACCUUCUACCGUCCGCACGAGACCGCCACCCACCACGCCUUCCCCCUGAACCUGCUCGUCGCCACCGUCGUGCUACUCGACUGCCACUCUCUUUUCCAAGUCGCGCUCGGAACGUGCACAUGGUCAAUCAACUACCACCACCGCCCGCAAGCCCUCACGGCCACCAUCCUGGCGUGCUCCAUCUCGUGCAACAUCACCGGCGGUAUCCUCAUCAGCGUCGGCGACCACCGCACGCGCAAGAAGGACGUCGUCGAGCGGAUCGAGAGGCAGAACUUUACGCAGGAAGCACUGGAGCGCAUGGCGAAGCAGCGGAAUAGUGAGGACUUGAUCGCCAGCAAGGCCGCCGAGGUCAACCAGGCAGUCGCGCAGCGCGAUCAGUACCACGCCGCUAUCCAGGAGCAGACGGUCGGGGCGCAACUCAUUGAUCAGGCGGUCCGCCCGGAUAUAGUUGAGCCGACCCCGUCGAAGAAGGAGGUAUAGUUUUGUGUGUCUCCAACGCCAUUUUCUUCCUUUGUCUUGGGAAUGGGAGAGGGAGUUGUAUAUACUGCGGCUUACACGCUUGCCUGCCUAAUUGUUCUCGGUUUCCUUAUGUAGGAGUAAUUGAGCUUGCCUUCUCAGUUCAGAAGAGCACCUAUCCACAAAGAGCACGCACGCAGUCCAUCUCCUCCUCUCAUCACAUCCCACCCAACCAAAU